AGUUAACAUCACGCCCAAAUAAGUGCGGACGCUGGUUCUUUCUGUGCUGGGAAACUGCGAGCACAGAGCUACACAGAAAAUGGCACUUCACGUACCUAAAGCUCCGGGCUUUGCCCAAAUGCUAAAAGAUGGGGCUAAGCACUACUCAGGGUUAGAGGAGGCUGUCUUCCGCAACAUUCAGGCAUGCAAAGAACUGGCCCAGACAACACGAACUGCCUAUGGGCCAAAUGGUAUGAACAAAAUGGUCAUCAACCACUUGGAGAAACUCUUCGUGACCAACGAUGCUGCCACCAUUUUGCGAGAACUUGAGGUUCAGCACCCUGCGGCAAAGAUGAUCGUGAUUGCAUCCCACAUGCAGGAGCAGGAGGUGGGAGAUGGGACCAACUUCGUCCUGGUGUUUGCCGGGGCACUGCUGGAGCUGGCUGAGGAGCUUCUCCGAAUGGGCCUGUCUGUGUCAGAGGUGAUCGAAGGGUACGAGAUGGCCUGCAAGAAAGCCCUGGACAUCCUGCCAGAGUGCGUUUGUUCCUCUGCCAAAAACCUGCAUGAUGUGGAUGAGGCCACGGCUAUGAUCCGCACGGCUGUCAUGAGCAAGCAGUAUGGCAACGAGGACUUCCUGGCCAAUCUUAUCGCACAGGCCUGUGUUUCCAUUUUUCCUGAGUCUGGUAAUUUCAAUGUGGACAACGUCCGGGUGUGCAAGAUUUUGGGUAGCGGGUUAACGUCAUCUUCAGUCCUGCAUGGAAUGGUGUUUAAAAAGGAAGCAGAGGGAGACAUCACAUCUGUCAAAGAUGCAAAAAUAGCAGUUUUUUCAUGUCCGUUUGACUGCAUGGUGACAGAGACCAAGGGGACAGUUUUGAUAAAGAAUGCAGAGGAGCUUCUGAGCUUCAGUAAGGGUGAGGAAGACCUGAUGGAGAACCAGGUAAAAGCCAUUGUAGAGGCUGGCGCCAAUGUGGUGGUGACAGGCGGCAAAGUAGCGGAUAUGGCCCUCCACUAUGCCAACAAGUAUCAGCUCAUGGUGGUGAGGCUAAACUCUAAAUGGGAUUUAAGAAGAUUGUGUAAAACAGUGGGAGCUGUUGCACUGCCCAGAUUGACGGCCGCCACCCCAGAGGAGAUGGGUCACUGUGACAGCGUUUACCUUACUGAAGUUGGGGACACCCAGGUGGUUGUCUUCAAACACGAGAAGGAGGAUGGAGCCAUUUCCACGUUGGUCAUCCGUGGAUCUACAGACAACCUGAUGGAUGACAUUGAGCGAGCUGUAGACGACGGAGUCAACACAUUCAAGGUUCUCGUCAGGGACAAGCGUCUGCUUCCAGGUGCUGGGGCCACGGACAUUGAGUUAGCCAAACAGAUCACGUCUUAUGGAGAAUCCUGCCCUGGUCUGGAGCAGUAUGCCAUUAAAAAGUUUGCAGAAGCAUUUGAGGCUUUGCCCCGUGCGCUGGCUGAAAAUUCCGGUGUCAAGGGCAACGAGCUCAUCUCCAAACUGUACGCUGUGCACCACGAGGGGAACAAAAAUGUUGGCUUUGACAUUGAGGGUGAAGGUGCAGCUGUGAAAGACAUGCUAGAGGCUGGCAUCCUGGACCCCUACCUGGUGAAACACUGGGGCAUCAAACUGGCCACCAACGCCGCUGUCACCGUACUCAGAGUUGACCAGAUCAUCAUGGCUAAACCAGCAGGGGGACCCAAAGCUCCCCAGGGCAAGAAGGACUGGGAUGAGGAUGACUGAAUGAGAACUGCUGCCCCACCCAAGUAGAGCCUUUUAGGAGACACUCCCUGGAAUGUCUCCCAUGCAGUUAUUAAAUGAAAACGUCAUUGUAUUUUUAGGAAACCCAUGCUUUACAGUGAAAACUAUGCCAUUUUCCAAAUAAAAUGCACUUGAGCUAUUCAUGUCAA